CGUUUAGUAUUUUCUGAUGUUCUUAGAAGAAAAGGACUACGCCAUCACGAAAUUCACCGUUUUGCCACUUCUAUAAAUUUUCAUUUAUUGUUUUGAUAAUUUCCAAUGGAUUAAUUCUGUGUUUCCUGCUGAGAUCCUCCGAAGCUGUUUGCCAUGGCUUCAGCUCUCGUGGCCGUUCGUGAUUUUCAGGUGGAAAGUGAAUGGGGUUUGAAGUGGAGGUGAGGUUGCAAUAAGUGUUUUGUGGCUUAAAGAAAUGAAGGCAGGUAGUGCGGCAAAGUUAAUAGUGGAUGCCCUUCUGCAGCGGUUUCUUCCGCUUGCUAGGCGUCGCAUUGAAACUGCACAAGCACAGGAUGGACAGUACCUUCGGCCAUCAGACCCAGCCUAUGAGCAAGUAUUAGAUUCAUUGGCUAUGGUGGCACGACAUACACCUGUGCCUCUUUUGGAAGCUCUUCUUAGAUGGAGAGAAAGUGAAUCCCCGAAGGGUGCAAAUGACGCAUCUACGUUCCAGAGAAAGCUUGCCGUGGAAUGCAUUUUUUGCUCGGCAUGUAUUCGUUUUGUAGAGUGCUGUCCACAGGAGGGACUUACAGAAAAGCUUUGGUCUGGGCUUGAAAAUUUUGUCUUUGAUUGGCUAAUCAAUGCUGACAGGUAAGAUGGUUAUAGUUGGGUGGGUCUUACAUU